AUGUGGCUCCAGUCUACUGUGGUUCUAGCGAGCUGCGCUGCCCUUGUGUCGGCAGGAUUUGUGAAACCGCCUACGGACCUCAAGAACGUGAGCAGUUAUGCUGGUACAAAUGUUAGGUACAAGGAAGUGCCUUCCGGUAUUUGCGAAACCACCGAGGGGGUAAAGAGCUAUUCUGGAUACGUUGAUACGGGAGAUAAUGACCACAUGUUCUUUUGGUUCUUUGAAUCGCACAAAGACCCUAAGAACGCCCCUCUUUCCGUUUGGUUCAACGGCGGUCCUGGAUCGUCGUCGAUGAUCGGUCUGUUCCAAGAAGUGGGUCCUUGCCGCAUGUACCCCAAUGGCACCUUGUACAAAAAUGAAUAUGCUUGGAACAAAGACUCGAAUCUUUUGGUGAUUGAUCAGCCUGUAACGACUGGUUUUUCCUACAAGGACCUCGCCAACGUCAUUUAUGAUUCAAAAAAUCUUACUAUGAAAAAAGUUGAUGGUGAUGAGUGCCCUUCGAAUCUCGGUGAGCAUGAAACAUGUAUGACGCUCUCCAUGCCUUCAGCGAAGAGUGUGCCUUCUUCUACUUCAGGUGCCGCUCCUACAGUUUGGAAAAUCCUCCAAGGGUUUUUUGGUGCUUUCCCUGACUAUGCGAACACCACACUUCACUUGCGUACCGAGUCAUACGGUGGACAUUAUGCACCUGUGUUCGGAUCGUAUAUCCUGGACCAGGAUGCGAAGGAGAUUUCUAAUGCGAUCAAGCUGAAUCUCACGUCGGUUGUUAUUGGGAAUGGCUGGAUUGAUCCUAAAAUUCAAUAUGCGUCGUACUACAACUUCACUGUUUCGCCAGGAAACACGUACGACUACAAGCCAUACAAUGAAAGUACAUCUACUCUUCUAUUCAACAGCAUGUAUGGUAAAGGCAACUGUACAACUCUUGUUGAUAAGUGUGAGAAAGAGAACACUGAUUCCGCUUGUCGCAAAGCGGAGAAAUUUUGCGCUGCUAACGUGGAAGAAGUUUGGGAUACAUUGAAUCGUGAUUACUACGAUGUGCGAGAGCUUUUGCCUGAUCCUUUCCCAUACGAACGCUACGUUAAAUACCUGAAUGAACCUCAUGUACUGGAGGCCAUUGGCGCAUACCAGAGCUAUUUGGAGGGCUCGGAUUUGAUUUCUAAUACAUUUUGGGAUGCUGGUGACUGGGGUCGGUCUACCAUGCCAUAUAUCAGCCACCUUCUGGAAAGCAAAGUGCCUGUGAUUAUGCAUGCCGGCGACUCGGACUACAUUUGCAAUUGGAUUGGCAAUGAGGUCAUUGCUAACAAAGUAGGUGGAUCAGACUUUGUGAGGGCCGGCUAUGUGAAUAUGGAGGUGGAUGGCGUUGAUACGCCAGGUCAAGUGAAGCAGGCUGGCUCGUUUGCGUAUGCCCGUGUGUAUUACAGUGGCCAUGAAGUGCCGUGGUACCAGCCUGAAGCUGCGUAUGCUAUUCAUCACCGCGCUUUGAAUGGUAUGGAUAUUGCUACGGGUAAGACGAAAGUGAGUGAAGACUAUGCGACGAAGGGAACGCCUACAAGCACCUUCCGUGAAGGUAAUGCCACCAUGCAGUACCACGUGCUGCCUUCUGGCACCAUCUAUGACUACGAAAAGCAUGCUCCUGUCUCCUCACAGGGAAAGCAAGCUCGUUAG